UAAGAACCCAAAAAGAGACAAAUAUUUUUAAUUUGUAACCAUAAUUACAGAUUUCUUUCGAAUAAAUACCAAAAUCUUCUUCUGCAACUUCUAAAUUCCUCAAGACACAAAAAAAAAGAAAAAAAAAAAAGAGAACUUGUUGUAGCAGUUGAAGCAGAACAAAACAGAGUAAACGAAUCCAACAUCACCAAACAAAACACAAACUGUGUGUGUGUGUGUCUCUCUCUCUUUGGUCCUCACUUCUUUCUUCUUUUUUAAAUAAAUCUUUUUAAUUUCUUUGAUCAUUAGAAGAAAUGGCUCUGAGCAGUGUGUCUUCUGAAGAAUUUAGCUUCCCAUCUCUUGCUUCUUCUCACCAUUCCGGUCUCGAUUCACCUCCUCUAUGGAAACACUCGCCGGCUAACUCCUCCCGCCGGAAAGAUUACGACUUUGGUUUCCCGAGACUACUCAUCGGAAAAGAAGGUGAUCAUUACCACCACGAUCAGGCAAAGAGCUUCUCUCACGUGGAGAUGAGAAGACGUUGGAGCGAGGACAACAGAGCAGAGGAUAAAAUGGAUAUGUUAUGGGAAGAUCUCAAUGAAGAUUUGCCUCCGAGAAGCCAAAGCCUGAGGAUUGUAUCCGGUGGGGAUGGUGGAGGAGAGAAGAAAACUUCUUUCUUUUCCGAUGAGAGCUCCGCCGUUGUUGCCGUGGGGUGCGGGACGGGGAUGAAGUUGUCGAAGAGUACACCGAAGAAGAACAAGAAGAGGAAGAAUCUGAACGUGUUGGUGUUGAUGAGGGUUUUGAAGAAACUUAUUGUUUUGAGGAGUUCGUCUCAUAGAUCGCCGGUGAAAACUCAUCCACGGUGAUCAUCAAUCUUCCACCGCCGUGAUGAUUAAUUCGAGAGGGGUUAUAUUGUAGAAUUCGUAAGUUAUGGGGCUUUUUGUGGAGAAAUUUUGUAACUAUCUGAAAAUGCUUUAUUUGUAGUUUUGAGGGUGGUUUACAACAAUUACUAAAAUUUAGGGUCCCAAAUUUUUUAAUAACACAUUCUGGACUCUGUGUAGUCUUUUUUGGGUUAAUUAUUCGCCUGAUGCGUGGGGUUUAAUUUGAAUAUGUAUGUUUUUUAUAAGGUGAAAAAUGAAAGAGAGUCAAAAUGUUAGUGUGCAAA